CGCUUCACUUUCACCCUGUCAGCCAGCAGCCAGAGGUUUGAACUUUACAAUCAAACAUUCCACUUUUUCCAACAUGGCUGACGACUCGAGAAUAUCGCCUUACAACGUUUCUGACUGCAAGAACACGACCGACGAUGCUCUCCAAAACUACCUGAACGGCCUUAAGUUCCGCCAAUCGCACUGGUAUACCGACGUCAAACUUGGUCUUGGAUACACUGCUGUCAUUAUCGCUGCCAUCACCUUCGCCCUGGACUACAAAUAUGGCUUCGAGGCAACAAAACGCUUCACCACUCUGGCUGUAGUCAUCUACUUCCUCUUGAACGGCGCUUUCACAUGGUGGAUCUGGCAGGUUGAGAAGAGCAUGAUCUAUGUUGGUGCUUGGAAGGGUCGCAAGAUCACAAUCUCCACUCGCGCAGACAAGUUCGACCCAACCUACAAACUCACCGUCACAUACCACCCUUCCUCGCUCAACACCAUCCCACAGGUCACCAAAGAAGUCUCGGCUCCCUUCAUGCAAUGGUUUACCGCCGACGGCUUCUUCGUCGCUGCUCCUUUCCAACAAUGGCUUGCUACAAACAUUGACAUGGUCGGUGAUGCCGACCCGAAGAAUGUUCUCGACGAUGCAGCUGGUGUCAGGACUGCGCAAUCCGUCCAACCCGAAGGUCUCAAGGAUCUCUUGAAUGUCAUCAAGACUGGUCCUCCUCCGGUUGCUGCUCCUAGAAAGAGGGGUUAAGCUAGUGGUCUGGGUCUCUUGCUAUACUAGCUGACAAUAUGUAUUAUCGAAAAGUAAACUUAUCUUCCUUUCCUUGAACUUUUCGUGCUGUAAAAUUGUCAUGCUUCUUUCCAAGUCAUGCAGCGACCAAAACCAUUGUGCAUUUUGACAGGUGCUUUGUUUGGUCGCUGAGAGAGUAUUCUGCCGUCAUAGUCCAUGAGUGCUUCCUGCCUCAGGAGUGCCUGCCUCAGGUCAGCGACUUAUC